ACAAACAGCACGAAUUCACUCGCCGAGCGAGUUUAGCAGAGGGAGGUUGUAUCGCCCAGUGCUCUUCAUACAUACUAUAUCUCCCCGCCCCUGCUCCGCAAGAUGCCUAGCAAAGAAGAUCUGUGCUUCCUCUCUGAGGCAAAAGCCACCACCACACAAGACUUCUUAUCAAGAGACAUUGACGAUCUAGUGUUAGAAAUCAAAGAGAACUUGAGAUUAAAGUCUCGACCGGCGCAUUUAAGUGGUGGUAAGGCGAAGACCCGCGCAUCGCCCUACAGUGUGCCAUCCCGGACUGAGAGUAAAUGUGGGUGUUGUGAAGGCCGCCGCUGCAUACGUCGGGGCCUGGCGGCGCGGCGAAGCUCCGACGACCCUUACGAGGCGCUGCAGGAGCUGCUCAAGGAUGGGGACCUGAUCAAGGAGGCGGUGCGGCGGCUGCAGCUGGGGCUGUCUCCGAAGCAGCGGGUCUACUAUGACUCUGACGACGAGCUCAGAACGCCGCCUUACCCCUUCGACCAUAUAGAAGUUUGAUUGAGCUUAGUAAAUAAUAGUGUCCUGUCGCCGCCGCCGCUCGGCCGGGUGGCGGCCAUCCACCGCGGCACACCGCUCAUGGCGCCGCCACCAGGGUCGAUCACAACUCAGCCGCCGCCGCCGCCGCCUCCCACAAGCAACAUUCUCCACCCGCCGGCCUGUUUUGAUGCCACUGACCACGCUCAACCAUCGCAGCCACCACUCGGCCACACCAGCCCCCACCGCCGCCACCGGACCAGACUACGCGGGGCCUCCCCCUCCACCAACUCCACUACCACCUGUUGGCCCUCGACGGUGCUGACCACUGCCACCACCACCACCACCACCACCAAUGCACUGCUGGUCAGCUUGGGUCUCUCCACGGCUUGAAAGGGGUCAACCUCAAGACUCCUGACUAGCGGUGCCUGAGCGAGGACCGGCUCGACGUAGGUCGGGUCGUCCCUGCCCUGGGCCACUCCAGUACAAGUGUGGCUAGUGUGGAGGAGGCGCUCGCCGAACACCUGCCAGAUCAGCUUCCCGUCCAACGCCAAGAGGAAGCGUGCGAGGUUCCCCUGCGUGCACCCCGCCGCCCUACCGAGAUCGUGGGGGCGCCGCGGGACAUCUCGUGACGUCUCCCGCGACCAAGGAUGGACACGGAUCUCUUAAGUUAGAUGGUGCCUUUGUCUUCACGCCAAAGGAUGCGGACCAAGCGUUAAAUUAAGAUGCCCUACCGAAAACUUUUCCGUCGCCGGGAACGAAUAAUUGAUCUGGAAAAGUACUAUCUAUAAAUAUCCUAAUCGUCUCCUGACAAAUUUAAGUGAUAAUAUAGUGACCAUGAAGUGUUAUGGUGAGAUUUAGUGGAAAGUCAGUGCGUUACUUAGCCCAUCACCCCAAAAAUAUUGAGCAAUUAUGAAGAUGAACUCGUUAGUUAUUGUCAGGUCCUCUCUGCCUCCCACCGACCAGCGCACUCCUUCCCGGCCGGCAGCGUGCGAUCAGGGAGUGCUGGCUAGGGAUGAUGGCGGUUAGCUGAGUGUAUUCUGAUGGGGUAUUCCUUUUGACAUGAAGUUUUUUUUCUGAUCUCAGUGUAUGCUUGUGUCCAUAGACUGAUCUGAAUGACUUCUUGACUCAACAGACAAAAAAAAAAACGACAUUUGUUAGUGAACAUCUUUCUUAUUCUCUUCUUUUUUCACUGUCAUUCAUCAUUACUUUGGUCAACAAGUUAUGAAAUUACUCAAGUGUUUGUAAAUUGACAAUAACUUUCAAAGUUAUUUAUUGUGUUUAUUCAAUAUUUUAGAUUUUACAUGACUAUUGAGACAUGCUUAGCAAUCUCACUCCCAAGUCCUCAAGUUCCAGUGUUAGUACAAAUAAUAAUAAUAUCCCCAGUUGACUCCAGAGCUCAGGUUUUGUGUUGCUGGCCACUUAGGUUCGUUUCCAAAGCAGCAGCCACAGCAGCAGCAGCAGGGUGUUGAAAUGAGACUUCAUCAUAAGCAAGAUUAAACAAAACUAAAAACAACAAAAAAAAGAACAUGUAAUUGCUUACCAUUACCAAAGAGCUUAGCCACUUUUGUGUGAGGCUAACUUCUAUUAGCAUUAUUAUUCUUGCAUUUUCUUUAGCAGUUUCUCAACUCCAGAUUGUUUUAGUACAGCAGGUUGCAGUAUAACUUUUCUUUAUGGAGGGUGAAGCAGGGUGAGUGUGCAUGCUGGGUGGUUGGUGCAGGUGCUGGAAAGGAAGCUGGUUACCAUGGCACCCUAACUUGUUAUCCUGGGAGCACCACCACCCUUCAGGAAUCAAUAGUCCCUGGCUAGCCACCACCACCACCUCCCUCGCCUCCAGUCACCCAUGCAUCCUCGCAUCACUUGCUGUAAAGAAAAAAAUAAUAACUUCAAAAUUGCCUUGGCCGUCAUUAACAGCUUUUAGUGUUGCAUUAAAAGAAGUAAUAAGGGAUUGAGCUCAAAAAAAUGUAAUAAUGUAGAGGUUGUACAAAGUUUUUUUUUUUUUUUUUUUUUCAACAUCAUUUAUUUUAGCCCUGCUGAUGGAAAUGAUGGAGGAUUUCUCUUUUUGUGUGUCUUAACUUGAAUUUCCAAGCGUUUAUUUAUUGAAGAGUGUGCUGUGUGAAGUGAGAAUUUUCAUUAUUUUUAUUUAUCUUUUUAGCAUGAGUGCUCAGACCUUUUUCUUUAUCUUUAAAUGGUAAUUUUUUUUUUCUCCCAAUGAACAUACAUCUAUUUAUUUUUGAGUGAGGUGUGAAGUGAGGAUACAAUUUUUUCUGUUAGCAUGAGUGGUCUCCCAUCCCGUCGUGUUUUAGGUAUACAUGUGUAGUGACUUCAUAUUGUGUUAUCCUGAAUUAAAUGUGAUAUGUAUUUAUUAAGUCACCUUUUGGACUAUGUUGACCUCUGUACAUAGGCUCUGUUGAAAGGCUUAGGUCAUUGUAAAUAUAUCACAACUAGGAUCAUUGUCUACAAGUGCAUGUUUUAGUGCAUUUACAUAGUUUCUGUAACGGAAAAGACACUGAUGAUGUGUAUUUGUAAUAAAAAAAAAUGAGAGGAAA